CAUAACCACAAUCUUCAAUGUUUGGCUCCGGCACAAUAGAAAAUUUUGGCUUCACUUUGACAACCAAAUCGAUUCUAUCCGCACCACCCAGAUUCCACUAAAAAGAGCCUAACAUAUUUUUUUUCUAAAAGUGGGUGGAUAACCAGCAGAAACAACACUUCGCAAGUGGUACAGUAGAAUCACACACACCUUUAUCCAUUUGCGGAACUGAUUUUCUACGCCAAACUUAACCAAAAAUGUCAAAAACGCUUUUUAUUAUUAUUUUUUGAGUUUCGAAAUGAACCAUGUUUCAAUGCUAAUUCGCAAAACAAAUCAAACAUUUGAAGUUGUCCAAGAUUUUUUGGCCGGCACAUUGAAUUGGUUAUAGAAAAGACAUAACAAGUUACUUAGAAAUAACAAUUGAGUAAUAAAUAAUCCCGUGGUCUAGUUAAAUUCAUUUGCAACUAUUACUUGACUUUCAGCAUGUCAGUCUGUCACUUAUUCAUAAAAAGCCUGCGUUGCAUUGCAAUUGAAGGGGUAUGAAAAAGUUACAUAUGUUCUACAUAAUAUUGCGAUGCAUCCGUAAUUUGACAAAUGUAAUCACAACAAAACUUAUUUUCGCCUAAAUUUUGCAGCAGUGUAACUUGAGUUUUGACAGAUCCGUUGUUUUCACUUGUUCCGCAUUUGAUCUACGUGUUUUAAUUUAUUCAGAACGUUCUUGUUGUUUUUAAUUGUUUUUUUCAACUUUUUCUGGUGAUAAGCGUGUCGAUCUUUAAAAAAAAAUUGUCCGCAAUGCCGUACUGUAUUGUACAAACGCGUAAAUCAAGAAAAUCGCUGCCUUCAAUGACAGUAGUUCCAUCGAAUUGGGUGGAAGACAAAUUUGUUUACUGGCCACCAUCAAAUCUGGUCAGCCUUUCGAAAAACGAAAACUCUAGGCCAGAAAAAGAUACAUGGAAAAAACAAAAAUGUAAAAUUCUCGGACGGGCUAAAACUUUUCUGCAUGCGGAGGAUUUGAUGGCAUCGCUCGAAAAAGUUACUGACUCUGAGGAUGCCGUUCAAAUGGGUCAUGGAACACGUUCUGCUCCAGCAAAAAAAGAGCCAAAGUUCAAAUCGAAGAGUUAUAACUUAGCUGCUCAAGAAUUGCAAGAAUCUGGAAUGAAUGAUGGACCAAGCGUCUUUACUCCCCCUGCGGUCACUGUUGUGUCCCCCAUUCGAGCCCCAGGUUAUGCGACAUCUUCCGAUCAACCAACUUGCUAUUUUUCCAACCCAGAUGUGAUUUCGCCAGGUGUGAAGCUCACCGCACGAAGUUCGGCAUCCGUGACUUUGCCAAAUGCGUAUGUAGCUGUUUCUGGAUCUUCAGCCUCCCAUACUGCGAUUCCUGCUCAUCCAUUGAAUCGAAACCAUGUGUAUGUGAAUCUCAACAAGGACACUGCUCCCAAACGUCAAGUAGCAACCGUUGAACAAUCUACCAACGAAAUUUCGAAGCCUAUCCCGAAUUCUCAAGUAUCACAUUCAACUACAUAUCGCAAGAAACACUCCGCAUCGGAUACAUCAUCCAUGACGACAAAUAUGCACACUGCUGCCUCUGGUACAUCGACGUCUCACUCUCUUUUUCCUGCACAUUAUUCGAACCAGAAUCCGGUUUAUGAGAACCUUAUUACGAAUAAUGCAUCUGUAUAUGAGGAUCAACGGAAUGCUGUAGGUCCAUUUCAAUCAACAAUAAUACCAAUGGCGACAAGUGGCACAUCGGUUCAGCAAGUUGGCGUCAGCAAUACUGAAAACUCGGCUUCUCAACCCAUCACAAUUCCCGUUAUAAUAGCUAGCGAUGGGAAGCCAUAUGCUCAGCUUGAAAAUGGUAAUUACUAUGCACUCACAGAUAACGAUAAUGAAGUUAUUAUGGAUCAGUUAUCGAACAUCAAGCAAGACGAAGUUGAUUUGGGAGUUGACACUGAUUUGCAGCAGAUGGCAUCUUCUUCUACUGUUAACGAAUACCAAUACUCAGUCAUUACCGAGUUGCGUAAGAUAAAUGUCCGGUUGGACGCUUUCGAAGCAAAGUUAUCCCAGCUCAAUGCUGAGGUGUGCAAAACAAACGAUCGAUUGAACGUUCAGGAGGGACUUUUGGUAAAAUUGACCGAUUUCAUGGCCAAUGUUAAUAAAUUAAUGUUGAUGAAAAAUUCAAAUGAUGCUACGCCAAUUGGAAAUCGUUACGAUGAAGAAUUUACGGAAUUUGAGAGUAUGCCCAAAAUCAAUUCCGUCGAAGCGUUCAAGAUCUUCGAACAACGCUUAUCUGAUACAGAAUUCUCUGGAAAAUUUUUCCGAUACACACAUUCGAUCUACAGCCUCAAUGGCAAACGAGAUAGUGGGCCGUUGUUUAGGACAAUAGUGCGAAAGCUGAUAACACCGAACGUGUUAACCCCUUUUUCUUGGAUGGGGAACAAACGCACAAAGAAAGGAUCUGAUGAAUGCAGUCACAAUAUCAACUUUCAGGAGACGUUCCCAAACUUCAUCAAGUUGAUGCAGCAAGUUAUGCAGGCCGCCGACUGUUCCAACACACGUGAGCAAAGUGAUCAUUUAUUCAAAACGCUUCUGAGGUACAAGAAUUUGGAACUAAAACGCUACGAAAGUGGAAGUGGAGAACGUCGAGCUUCAUCUUCAAGAAAAAGGCCGAAAGCUGCAGGACCUGCUGAUGCAAACUUCCCUGGACCAUCUCAGGCAGCAGUAGUACAUCUAUCACACGGUGAUCAAAAGUCUGGAUAA